AUGACAUCAGACUCGUCAACCCCGGACAGCGUCGAGCUGACGCCAUGGGAGGUAAGGACUCUGCCAUGGCGCAGGCGUCUCAUCUACAUCCGUGCCGUGUUCACGUUCCUCUCCGGCGUAGUGCGCUCCAAGCUCUCCCCAGAAGCACAGAACCUGCACUGGCGCCAGCGGCUCGCCUUGUCCGCCCUGCAGUCCAAAUCGGCUCUCCUGACAUCAAGGCAGCGGACUUUUGGCUCGUCCGGCACAUCGGCGGGUCAUCUCAUACGCGAGUACUGUCACGCCAAGGGCCUCUCCCUGCGCUCUGUCACAGUCUCGAAUGCCGGCGCCCAGCCCUUCGCAGCCCCGCCUGCCAUCCUGCACUUUAUCACGCCGGCCAGCGCCCCAGCCACCGGCCUGACCGUUUUUUACGCCUACGGUGGCGGCUAUGCAGCCCCCAUCGCGGUCCUGGGGCACAUUCCCAUGGCUCUGCGCGCGGCAAAGACCAUCAGCGCAAAGCAGGUUGUCUUUAUCGAGUACUCGCUCACACCGCGGCACCCGUAUCCCUCGCAGCUCGUCCAGGCCGCGAGCGGUCUCCAGACGCUGCUCGACGCCGAGGGCGUCAAGGCUUCGGAAGUCGUGGCCAUGGGCGACAGUGCCGGCGGCCACCUCAUCGCCUCGCUGCUGGUGCACAUUGCCGUGCCGUCACCUUACGCGCUGCCGGUUGAUUUGCACGGCGACCAGCUCGCGGCCGCUGUGAUGAUCUCGCCGUGGAUCGCCAUGACCACGGAUCAGGCGUCGUUCGACACGAACGAGGCGACGGACUUUUUGGACCGCCCGGCGGCGCUGCUGUUCAAGUGUGGGUUUGCGCCCAACGUUGACGAGCCGUGGGCAAACUUGAUAGACGCGCCUGAUUCUGCUCACGUGUGGAACAGUGUGUUCAGGCCUGCUACUGGAAAGCCUGUCGUCCGGAAGGCCAUGGUCUUGACGGGGACUUCGGAGGUUCUCAUGGAUUCGAAUGUUGCAUUCGGCAAGGUACACCUCAGGGGGGCAGAUCUGGUCGUCGACAGGAAGACGGAUGUUCCUGCGCGGUUCCCGGAUGCAGACUACGUGUUUGUUGCGGCUGUGGAGGAGGCGCAUACGCAGACCAUCCUGGAUGCUGCGGUGGGCUACGAUGAGGGAAACAUGUCGCGGGCCAUCCGCGAGUUUCUCAAGCGACUGUGA